UGGCAACAGGCUGCAGGCUGGGGCAGGAUCUCCAACCCAACCACACAUGGCAGAUCAUGUGGAAAACAAACAACAAAAGAGGGCUGAGAUGCUGUGCAAGUUGGAGCAGCCAUAAUCAAUAAUCAGAGGAGACUGUGUUGUGGUCGGGAGCUCUGAAGCACUUUCCAAAAUCACUGAGAAUUUGCUUUUAAGUGCUGAGCUUUUGGCUGAUGUCUCCAUGAGGGUGUUGAGAAGAGAAGAGGUCUGAUGUUGGUUAGCCGAAAAUGGGCUGGAAAAAAGGGAUUCUGUGAGUUACUUUGGAGUCAAGUGAACAACUGCACGGAGCAUUUUCCCUUCCUCAGCGUGUGAGCUGACUGCUUUGGCCAAGAGCAACAUCAGCUGCCCAUAGCUUACAUAGAUCAGUCACGUGUAGGCCCCACAGUCCUUCAGGAUAUCUGGUAUUUCUUCAUUGGUGGCGAAACAACUCACUGCUGGGGAGAUUUCUCUUAAAGCAUUUUUUCUGCUUAAAAUGCAGUGGUGCAUGCAUUUCUGGGAGUCCUGUGUGAGCCUGCUGCGAGCAAAUGCCAUUUGCUGCUGUAAUUUUUGGCCACGUUUCAGGUGACAAAAGGGGAGCAGAUGGCUGUGAUGUGAUGGGCUGCAUCCGCGUGUCCGUGCACAGGCUGAGCUUCUGUUGCUGCGGAUGUAGCUGUGUUCUUCUGCCUCGGAGUGCCACAGCCAACUGGAACACGUUAGGUUUUCUCUCCCUGUACUGCUGAGCCGUAUUUCUGAAUUGCCUUGAAAUGUGGAUGUGUUUUCCAGAUGGCUCUCUCUAUUUUUUGCUCUUCCACUUUCACGGAGAUGAUGACAGCAGCAAUGAAUUAAAAUAACAUUUGUCCUGGGAAGAGUUGGGUCAUACCUAAAAGAGAUGUAAGAGCAGCUGUAUGGGAGGCAACAGCCCUCAGCAAUUCCUGAGCCCUCACAUUUCUGUAUUGAUACCUCAGUUUUGGCCAAGUCUUUACAUUUCUUCUCAUUUUGACUUUAUUACCUGCGUGAGCUUUAUGUUUGUUGCCCAGCAAGAUGGAAUAUUGCUGUUGAACUGGAGCCUAUGGAAUCUGCCUCUCCUCGGCCUCUGCAUAGGAAGGAACUUCCUGCUGAUCUGACUGCUUCCAAGCCCGUGUUCCACAAUUCCACAAGGCUGGCAUGUUAUAAAUAGCCCUGGACACCGGCAGGAGCAUGGCCAUGAGUGCUGCAUGUGCUGCUCUGUGUCGGCUCAGGGCUGGCUCUUGCACAGAGCAGACAGUGCUGUGCAACCUGCAGCCAGCAAACUGCACUGCUGAGAUGUGUUCUGUGAUCCUUUUCACAGUGACAAAACGAGUUUUUAAGCGGUGAGGAGGACGACGUGUUUGUUUUAUCAAAAUUAUCCUAGACAACCUGGCACUAAGGUCUAAUUUAGUUGAAAGGGAGAAUGAAUGAAGUGGUAAAUAAAGACCGAAGGCUUUUCCUUCAGACGAUGCUGAAUCUGCUGAUCUCUCCUCGACGCAGUGUUUGUCAUUGUGUUCUGGGGAUGGUGUGACCUCAGCACGAGUUCUCACACCUCCCAGCAGAGGGCAAAGCGAACAGUGCUGCGGGAGCACCGACUGGAACGGCUGAAGUGUCUGAUCUUCCUGCGAGCUCUCGGCUUCUGCAGCUCAGCCUCACCUCACUUCAUCCAGACAGCAGCACUGAGGGUGUGUAAGGACCGCCUGCCCUGGGACCUUGGUGUGCCUGCAGCGUUUUGUUGCUCAGUACCUGUGCUGUGUCCCCAGAACAGCAUCUGGAAAGGACUGCGGAGGGGAGCUGGGGUCGUGCCAUUGCUGGGUGAUGUCAUGGAGUGCCUCAUCAGUACCUCCUCCUUUGGGUGAAUUCAGAGCUUCUGGUUGUGACAGGUUUAUGCCAAAACUGUGCGUAGAUGUGCUGGGUAGUGCCACAGAGAUCAGAUACAAAGCUGAGAUCAGUGUGUCCACAUCGUGCAGCCCUAUGAGGAAGCGUGGGCAACGUGCAAGCAAACAGCAAACCGUGGGUAUAAGUAGCUCACUUGCAAGGCCUGCAGCUCCUGCAGAGAUCUCAGGGAAGGGUCAGCAGUUCUCCCUUCUCGCUGCUCCCACAGGUGCUUUGUGAGCAGUUGUGCAGAGCAUCCACAUCAGCACUCAGGUCUGCGGUGCUGAGCCCUCAUGCUGGCCGCUGGGGAAGCGUGGGGGAAACGAGGUGGCUUCUGUGGCUCCCUGCUCCCUGGCCCACUUCCUCCUUGCUUACGUUGGUGGAGGUGGGAGACAGAAGAGCGCAGACCGCAGUGCUGGAGCCAGUCCAGGGAUGGGAGCUGGGAAGUGGAUGUGGCCAGGCUGCUGACCGGCACCCAUCUUUCCCUUCCUGCCCACCCCACGCUUCCAGAAAUGGCUUUUUGCUUUCUACUGAGACCUAUUUCUGCCUUCCCUCUGGGCCCUGGGUUAAAUGAGGGAUCCUCUCUCACAGUCACUCUGCAUUGGAGGCCACGUCCUCAGCCAAACAGCCUCUGUUGCUCAACCUGAAGGUGUUGUGCUUGCAGCUGCUCAUGCUGGUGGCUCACCUGGUUCCCUUUGGGCUGCUGCUCGCUCUGCUGGGCUGUUUUCUUCCACCUCCCCGAGGUGACUGCAGCUGUUGGUGUGACAACCUGUGAAGGCGAAUGAGCCAGCAAACUCCAUACUCCACUCUGAGCAGUCUGCCCUGCGAAGCAAUACUCAGCAUUACAGGCUUCUCCAGAUUCCUUCUCUCCAAGGCUGAUGUGUGACUUCAAACUUCCUUGAAAAUGCAGGAAAUGAAACCACGGGGCCUUUUUUUGUGAGCGAUGCGGGAGCAUUCAGCCUCCUUCCAGAGAAGAAAUGAAAUUCAGGGUAAAAGCAAAAAAAGAAAAAUCUCCCAGGUCACGUAUGCUGGCUGCAGGCGCUUGGGGGCUGCUGUGAGCAGAUGCCCAAUGGGUCGGGGUCACCCAGACAGUGAGGUGUCUGGGAGGGCGACUGGGGAGGUUGGCAGUGGGAAGGGAGGGCAGGAGCUGUCCAGCACAGCUUCACCCCGACCUCCACAUCGCUUGGGAGCUUCCCAUGUUGGGAUGGCGCGGACCUGCACCAAGGUGCUGCGUUUACCCAAAUCCUGAGCAGCCACGGAGGACCCUGAGCAUCCCAACCUGUGCACUGCAAGAGGCUGGGUGCUGCUGUCCUGAGGCGGGCUCCCAGCAUCUGGGAACACGGGUUUGGGAAUGCUGAGAACGGUAUUGGCCCCUUUCUUCUUCUUCCCCUGCAGGAAAUGCGGUGAGGUUGAACCCAACCACCACGAGCAGCCCCAGGCCGGUCCCGCUGAGCCCUGGGGCCCUGCCCACAGCCCCCACCCCGUGGUUCCUCCUUGCAGCUGGGGCCGCCUGCGGGUGCACGACCCGGGGUGUGAACGCCUCGCCGCGCUCUCUGCCUCCAUGUGACUGCAGUUUCCGUUCGCUCCUUCCGCAAAGCCCGUCUCAGCGCUCGGCAGAAAGCGGGUGGGAGAACACCUUGUUGGUUUGCAUCCGGCCCCACGGAACCCCCCAGUGCAGUGGAGGGGCUGCAGGCCGCAGGAUGAGCUGCUGCAGGCCCCGCGCGCUGCUACGGGUGGAGAGCUUCUGCUGAGAUGGAGGCUCUGCUGCCUGUUCUCUCCCUGCUCCUGGUCCUUCUGGCAGUAGGAUGCGGAGAUGGGGCGGGCACAGCAUGGGCCUUGUCUCCUGGUGGUUGCGAGCAGGUGCAGAGCACUGCAGACUGCAGGAGGAAAUGGUUGAGCUCCGUCCCUAGAAAUCUGCAAGGUGACAUUGAAGAGCUGUUGCUGGAUGACAACACUAUCCGGGUCCUGGGCCGUGCCUCUCUGUUCUCAUACCACCAGCUGAAGCACCUCAGCCUGACCAAAAACCGGAUGGAGCUCAUCGAGCCUGGUGCCUUCCUGGGCAGCCAGGGCCUCCACGCUCUAUCCUUGGCAGACAACCUUCUCUUCACCAACUACUCACUAACAGCAGCUGCUCUUUCUGCUUUGCCAGCCUUGAGGACGCUCGAUCUAGCUGGGAAUCAUCUCACUGAGGGCAUGGUAUCUGUUUUGCUCAGCAACCUGUCUUCCUUGGAGUCCUUGUCUGUGGCUAGGAAUGUCAUCAUGAGACUGGACUCUUCUGUCUUCUCCAACCUGACGCAGCUCUUGGAGCUGAACCUGGAGAGGAACUACAUCUUUGAGAUUGACCAAGCUUUUGAAGGGCUGCAGAGGCUGCAGAGGCUCAACGUGGCUUACAACUACAUGACAUGCAUUGUGGACUUCAACCUGACCCAGCUCCGGGUGCUCAAUGUCAGCUACAAUAUCAUCGAGUGGUUUCUGGCCCUGGAAAGCGAUGACCUCUUUGAGCUGGAGGUGCUGGACCUGUCCCACAACCAGCUCCUUUUUUUCCCCGUGCUGCCCCGGCAGAGCAAGCUGCACUCUUUGCUGCUGAAGGACAACGAGAUGAGCUUUUACCAGCUCCUCCCCAACGGCACGUCCCUGGAGAAUGUCACCGUGCAGUUCCUGCUCAUCGAUGGCAACUCCACCAACAUCACGACGGUCAAGCUGUGGGACGAAGUCUGCUAUAGCAACCUCUCCUCCCUGCGUCUCCUGGACAUGAGCCAGAACCAAUUCUGGUACCUGCCGGAGGGUUUCCUGGCCAAGAUGCCCGCUCUGACCCACCUGAAGCUCAACCAGAACUGCCUGGAGACCUUCCACGUGUCGGAGCGGGACCCCUUGGCCAUGCUGACGGAUCUGGACCUCAGUCAGAACCUGCUGACGGAGCUGUGGGAGGACGCGGGCGCCGGGCCCUCCCUGCCCAACCUGCAGCUCUUCAACCUCAGCACCAACCUGCUGCGGGCGCUUCCUGCCGGCAUCUUCACUCACACAAAGCAGAUCACUACAGUUGACCUCAGCUACAACCGCCUCGACCUGUGUCCCCAGCCGGCUGUUUUAGGCCGGAGCGCUCCCUGCGUGGACAUCAGGGGCCUUGCCACCCUGACCCGCCUCUCCUUGGCCGGCUGCGGUCUGCGGAACCUGGGUGGCCACCCCUUUCGAGGGACGGCCCUGACUCAUCUGGACCUCUCUGACAACCGGGAGGCUCUGUCAGGGGACCUGGGGUGGCUGCGGGACCUGGCUGCGACGCUGCAGGUGCUGUCCCUCCGCAACACCAACCUCUCCUCCACCUCGGUGGAUUUCUCGGCCCUCCAGAGCCUGGUGGGACUGGACCUGUCGGGGAACACCCUGACCGCCCUCCCCGCCUCGCUGGGCGCACUGAAGCUACGCAGCCUCGACCUGCGGGACAACAGCCUGACGGCGCUGCCUGCGGACGUGGCGUGGAGGCCGCUGGGGAGGAGCCUGCAGGAGCUCUACCUCAGCCGUAACCCCUAUAACUGCUGCACGCUGGGCUGGUGGGAGGCCCUGCAGAGCAUGGAGCGCCUGCGUGUCCCCGACGGGCGUGAGGUGACCUGCAACUACGACUCGCAGCGGCUGAGCGCAUGGCUGCUGCCCGAGCCCGUCCUGCAGGACUGCCGCUGGCGGACGGCCGACAUGGCCCUGCUCUACCUGGUGCUUGCCCUGCCCACCUGCCUGACGCUGCUGGUGGCCUUCACUGUGCUCUUCCUCAUGCUGAAGCCAAAGCUGCUGAAAAUGGUGAAGAGGCGGUGUGGGGUGUCCGGCCCGUACUGAUGGCUGAGGAGGACGCAGGGCCCUCUUGGGAGUGAAGGCGAGCAAGCGGGUGGGGGAUUGAGAACUUGCAUCCAUCUGGUGGCCCAGAAGUGGUGUUUUGGGCUGCCUGGGUGCUUGCUUUUAUUUAUUCACACUGCUGUGGUCACCCUCCAUGUGUAACCACAGAGACGUGCCCAGAGGCCAGCACAAAACUGGCACUUGUGCAGGUGAACUUCCACAGUGAAUGUUUCACAUCUGCGUGUUUUGGAGGGCAAGGGCCGCAAUCCACGCGUGAAAAGGUAAAAUGGAGAAGAGUGGCAGAUCUUAUUUCACUGGAUCUGUCAGUGAGACUUCAGCCUUAGGGUAAACCACUAAGAACAGAGGGACCGGGACAGUGACCGUUCCCCCAGCAGCGCGGUCCCCGUCUCACACUGCACUGGUGGUGGCACCACUGCUGGCAGUGCCUGCUGUGCCAGUGAGACAGAACCUCAAACCUCAGUACAAUACUGGCCGAAAGACACGAGAAUAAAUUAUAUUUCUGGUAAUGUUGUUUCAUCUGUUUAUCUCUCCUGGUUGUUGCGUGCUUUGCGAUCAACGGGGCAAGCUCUGAGCGUGGAGCUGCAGGAGAAGAUGCUGCAGAAGCAGAGCCAGGCACAGCACUGGAAAGAUUUGGAGAAGGCCAUCACAUCCACCCUUGCAUAUGGCUGGGUUUUUUGCCCUAUUUCAGAUAGAAAUAGCCAAAAGAAGAUCAAGUGCCAGCUGGGGGAUCCUUCAGCCUGUUUCAGCCGCUCUCCUGCUCAUGAGCAGCUCACCCAAGGGGCAGUGGAGACCUACAGUGACAGCCCUGGAUGUCCUCCAGCUGCUCCCACUGGUGCCAGGCACUACAGCCACGUUUCGGUAUCUCUCUGCCUGCUCUGGCCUUGGUAUGUGGAUGCAGAUGUGCACCGUCCUCACCUGUAUGCUUGCAGGCAGGUGAGGCUGUCAUGGUCUGGACAGUGGGCAAGCAAGACACAGAAUCUGUGGGAUGAGCAGACACAGAGGGUAGGUGAGGUUUGGCAACAUUCAUGCAAAAAGCCACUGCAAAAAUCUGGUUUGAACAUAUCAGCAUCCUCAGGCAGGGGGAGAUGCCUGCAUUGCUCAAGAUGCAAAACAUGGAGGGUAAGAACAUGGGCUGUGCAGCCUUGAUACAUGAGUAUGCUGGAGGAAGUGUGCGUUGGGCUGCUCUGCUGCUCAGGGAGGAUUUUUUUUCUUAGGGAAAGUUGUUUCUUUAGGGGGAGGCAUUUCUGGAACACUGAGACAUCAUAUAUAAGUCUGUUGGAGAGCAAAAGCAAGGGCAUUCUGAAACCUUCCCCUAGGAUGCAAUAAAUCACCCACAGAGCACCUGGCCUGCAGAGGAAGGAGAUGCCUGCAUCCCCCCACCGUGUGGCAGGCUGCCCUCAAACCACACUCAGGUCUGACAGCCUCAGCUGGUGAACGAAGCCUGGGACUUUUCUUGCUGCUAGAACUCUACAUUCAGCCUGAGACAAGCUGGGCUUCUUUCUCCUGUUACACCAUCAUCAAUUAAAAAGUCACUUUGCAGGCCGCAAUCACUGGCUCAAGGCUUUGCUCACAUAGGGGCCUCCCUGGCACUGCCUACAGUGAGCUGGGAACUGCAGUCUGAUGAGGCAGCAGUGGGAAAGCCUUUGUUUUACCCUAAAACCACCCCUAGGCUUGGUGACUUUCUACUGUACUAUCUCUAUCUAUUUAUUUCAAAUCAUGUAAGCACAUUUUCUGAGAGGUGAACACCAUCCCUGGCAGUGUAAGGAAGGAAAAUGUCUCCUUUUGUCUCUUGGAAUUCACUGCAUCU